AUGUUUAAUAAUUAUAUAACUUUAAAAUUAAAAAAAUAUUUGGCUUCUCUUUUGACAAUGACAAAAUUAAAAGGUUUAUUUAAAAUAUUUAAAAAGAAAUCUUUACAAACAGCUAAUCAUGUAAACGAAGAAGAACGUGUAAUUGAUGAAAGUCAAAGAAAAUCUAUUAGAACGGUAAAAAGGUGCCUACCACAACAUGAGGUAACAGAACUUACUCCAUCAAUUAGUAUUAAAAAAGAAUCAAAACGUCAACAAUCUAGGUUAACUAAUAAAAAAAAACUUCAACUACAUAGUCACGAUACUUUGUCAAAUAAACCAAAAAAAUUAAAACAGGGUCUUGAUGGAAAUGCAAAAAAAAGUCCUAAAGAAAUGGCAGAAAUGUUUACAGAAUUUGCUAUUAGUAAAGAAAUUAAAGGACUUAAAGAUAUAUAUGAACAAGAAUUUAAUGGUGAACUCAAGAUAGUAUUUGGUAAUUUUAUUGCAUGUAAUGGUGAAAAAAAUGUUAAAAAAAAUAGAAAUAAAGAAAUACCAUGUUUAGAUAGUUCCAGAGUUCGCCUAAUUAUCAAUGAUGGUUCUGAUUCAGAUUAUAUACAUGCUAAUUAUCUUCCAACAUCUAUAGCUGGUGACAGGAUGAUUCUUACACAAGCUCCAAUGAGUUAUACACAACAAACAUCUAAUAAUGGACAAAGUCUCAAUCUAACAACAGCUACAGAUUUUUAUCGUAUGUUGGAACAAGAAGAAAGUGAAUAUGUAAUAAUGUUAUGUAAAUUUGGUGAAGACAAAGAUACUCUUUGUUAUCAAUAUAUUCCAACAAAUGGUACUAUAAAUAUUGGACAAUAUAAGAUAACUCUUUUAAAACGUGAAACAAUGCAAACAGAUAAUAAUAUUGUUCUUUCAACUAUUCAAUAUUGUAGAGGAGAAAAUAAGUUACGAGAGUUUACUCAUAUUCAAUAUAUGAAUUGGCCAAAAGAAGGAUUCCCUCAACCAUGGGAAUUAACACCUAUAACAGUUUAUUCUAAAGUUAAAGAUUCUCAAAAACCAAUAGUAAUUCAUUGUACAAGUGGUGUUAGAAAAACAUGUACAAUUGCUGGAAUAUUUAUGGCAUUAGAUGAAUUUGAAAAUGGAACACUUCCAAAUUCAUUUUCUCCUAUUAUCAAACAUUUAAGAACAUAUAGAUUUAUGGCUGUUCGUACACCAAUUGAAUUUCUUUAUAUGCAUCUACAAUUAAUUCAUUAUUUUCUUCAUAAACAAUUAAUUGAUAGUACCCAAAAAUUAUUAUCAUUUUUCGAUGAUUAUGAUCCAGCUCAUAGAAAACAAGCUUUAAAAGAAAAAGAAACUAAAUGCAUUUCAGCAUAUGGUUUAAAAAGUGCUUCAACACCACAGACAAAUUCAAAUCAACAAACAUGA